AUGGUGCCGGGGAGCCCUCACACGGCCGGGCUGAGCGCCGGGACCCGCCGCUCCCCGGGCACGGAGGCGGCUCCGGGCCCUGCCCCGUCCCGCGUCGCCCUCCGGCCGGGGCCGGUGAUGCCCAGCGCCACCGCGGCCCCCAUGGCCCUGCCCGGCCCUCAGGGGGUGCCAGCAGGGACCUGCGGUGCCAUCAGCGGCACCGGGGCUCGGGCAGCGCGGGCCGAGGCACCGGCCGAGCCCGGCGGGGCUCAGGGGCUGCGCCGGGGCACCGGGCAGCGGGGACGGGAAGGGUCCCUGCAGCAGGUGGGGCCCGGCGGGCUCUGA